UCAAAGUCGAAACUUGACCACUGGACGUGGUUUGAUUUAGCUUUUAGUUGAUUUUUUUUUGUUUAUGCUUGCUUUGGUCGACGUCUUCCUCGCUUCCUAUUUUCGCGACUACAAUCCUUCUCAACUGUGUUCUGUUUGCAUCUUUGGUCUUUCUGGGACUGUAACCUUUCCUCUUAGCCACAAUGUCGGUGGCGGGUUCGGCAAUUGGAUUUGAAGGGUACGAGAAGAGGCUGGAAAUUGUGUUUUUUGAACCGAGUCUCUUUCGUGAUCCAGAAGGAAGGGGUCUUCGAGCCCUUUCCAAAGCCCAGCUAGACGAGUUCCUUGGAAAGGCUGAGUGCACUAUUGUCUCAUCUCUGUCCAACAAUGAUGUUGACUCGUAUGUUCUUUCGGAGUCGAGCCUCUUUGUCUACUCAUACAAGAUCAUUAUCAAAACUUGUGGGACGACCAAGUUGCUCCUAGCAAUCCCACCUAUUCUGAAGUUAGCUGAAAGCAUCGGUCUCACCGUGAGAUCUGUGAGGUAUACUCGUGGGAGUUUCAUUUUCCCAGGUGCUCAGUCAUUCCCCCAUCGAAGCUUCUCCGAAGAAGUUUCUACUCUUGAUGCGUACUUUGGGAAGCUUGCGGGAGGCAGCAGAGCUUAUAUGAUGGGUGGGUCAAGCGGACCUCAGAAAUGGCAUGUGUAUUCUGCAUCUGCUGAACCAGCAAACUUGGUUAAUCCUGUAUACACCCUGGAAAUGUGCAUGACUGGUUUGGACAGGGGAAAGGCUUCUGUUUUCUACAAAACCGAGUCAAGCUCAGCAACUGCAAUGACCGAUGAUUCUGGCAUCCGAAAGAUCCUCCCAGAUUCUGAUAUUUGUGAUUUUGAGUUUGACCCCUGUGGUUAUUCAAUGAAUGCUAUUGAAGGAGCGGCGAUAUCAACCAUCCAUGUCACACCAGAAGAUGGUUUCAGCUAUGCUAGUUUUGAAUCUGCAGGAUAUGACUUCAAUGAGUUGAAUCUUAACCAGUUGGCUGAGAGGGUAUUGGCUUGUUUCACACCGAAUGAGUUCUCAAUUGCUGUGCAUGCUGAUGUUGCAGUCCGGUCACUCCAGAAAAUUUGUUCAUUGGACUUGAAGGGAUACUGUCGCGAAGAGAGCAGCCAGGAGGAGCUUGGAAUGGGUGGUUCCAUUGUUCAGUACAGGUUCCUCAAGACUGAGGCCUGUGGUUCUCCCAGGUCAACACUUAAAGGCUGUUGGAAAGAGGAAGAUGAGGACUACGAAUCCUCUUGAGAGUUUAACUAAAAAUUGGUUGGCAUUUUACUAUUUCGAGUAUAAAUAAUUACCUGUCAGGCGUGAUCUGAUAUUGGUAAUCUAGUAUGUGUAGAAGUUUUCAGUUAUAUGUUCCGAAUCCUUUCUAUUCUGAAGAGUCGCAUUACCUUGUCAUUUGAUAGACGUUCGUUAUUCAAUCAAGACCGGAAAGAUCUUUGUAUCUUCAGUUAAUACGUUCA